AUGCUUUUGGUUUUCGUUUUUUUCUUGCUGCUAACUUCUAUCAGAAGCGAUCCAAUAAAAUAUCCAAAUGAAAUCACCGAUACUCCAUUAGUUAUUUGCGAAUCUGAUCGAAUUAUAAUCAAAGUUAAAACAACUGCAUCCAAUCCUUCUCAUAUUUAUGUCGACGGAAAAGAAGGCGAUAUUCAAUGUAUUUCAAGAAAUCAAAAUCGUAUCGAAAUUCAACACGACAAAUGUGGAAUGAUAAAAGAUAUGACUGAACAACCAAGUGGAAAUGUGAGAAGAGUUUGUAUUACUGUACAACUUCACCCAUUGUUUGUAACUGAAGCUGAUCGAAGUUAUUGUGCUCAAUGUGUUUAUGUUGAAUCACAUGUUAUGAAAGAUAUCGAAUCAACUUUAGAUAUCAGGUUUUAAAAUUACUGUAGUUUUUUCCCCAAAAACCACAUAUUUUUUCAGCGAAGCUCCACCAACUCAAUUAUCUCCACAAUUCGAUGCUCCAUCAAUGCCACAAUGUUCAUAUACAAUUCGAAAAUCAUCUCAAGACGGACCGAAAAUACAGUAUGCCUCAAUUGGUGAUAGUGUUUAUCACGUAUGGUCUUGUGAUGGUGAUCACAGUGGAAUUUUGGUUCAAAAUUGUCAUGUUGAAGAUGGCCAAGGAAAUCGUAUUUUGAUAAUUGAUCAAAAUGGAUGUGGAAUUGAUCGAUAUGUGAUGGCAACACCGAAAUAUAAUCAGAAUCAAUCGAUUGCAUAUCAAGAAACACAUGUUUUCAAAUUUGCACAAAGAACAAUCACACGUUUCACUUGUCAAAUUCGCAUUUGUCUGAAGGGUGAUGAUUGUAAAAAACUAUCGGUAUUUGAGAAAUUAUUUGAGUUUCCGUUGUGAGAAACACUUUUUAAUUUUAGCCUCCAAAUGCUUGUCCAACAUUAGCUGAAAGAUUUUCGGGUGAUAACAAUGAUGCCGAAGAAGAAGAUGAAGCAAAACUGCAAGACAUUCCAAUUUUCAAUGAAAGUCAACUUUUGCCAGAUCCAACUCUCGAACUUCAUCCACCAGCUUCUCAACCUCCACCAUCUCGCGAAGAAGACACUUCUGGUGAAUUUAUUCGUCGAGCCCCAACAAAGGGAAGUAUUUAUUAUGGAGUUGGAUAUAAUCCAAAAAGACAUCGUCGUGAAGUUCUUAUAAAUUCUUCGGAUUUAAAGACACCUGAAAACUCACGAUUUGUUAUGAAGAACGGAUAUCCACAUAUGGAAAUGGUUGGAGAAUUGAGAGUUUUUGAAACACCACAAGAUGUUGAAUAUUUUGGUAAUCUUCAUUUUAAAAAAAUGCAUCAUUUUCUAACAAAAGUAUAAUUUUUCCAGAAUCAGCCAAUCCACCAUCAACAGUUUGUCCAUCUUCAUCUUCUACAUUAUUUUUCACUUUACUUGUCACUGCACUUACUGUUCUUUCAAUUCUUCUUAUUUCCGUCUUCUUAUUAAUUUCCUCCAGAAUCAGAUCAAAGAAAAAUAAUUCUAUUCAUUUUGCACAAUAA